AUGUCGUUUGAAACACAGUUUCAGCAAUCGGACUUCUCCCAGCUUCAGCAGGCGCAGGAAGACCAAUUUAGGGUUCCACUCAAUGCGGGUAUAGAGCCUUCAUUCAGGGCGGACCAGUGCGCAGCAGGUCGCGGCGACGCCGCCUCAUUCUUACCGCCGAGUGCGGCGGACCUGUCGCAGCUGCCUGGGUGCGCCAUGGACUUCGCGGCGUUGCCAGGCGAGCCCGCGUGGCCGCUUGGGGCUCGCGAUGGGCUCUGGUUCCCCGAAGCUUCACAGCUAGUCGCUCCGCCCGUCGACGCUGCUGCGACGAAUGAGUUUGGCGGGGCCGCUGGUGGCGGCGCUGUGAGCAUGGACGGCGGCGACGUGGCGUCGUCGGGGGUGUCGCGGGACUUGCUGCUGCAGCUGCUGUCGGCGGGUCUCGACAUGCCCUCGCUGCAGGCCAUGCUCGCCGCGCUCGACGCCCCCACCACCGCCACCGCCACCACCACCCCGCUCGCCAUGUCGUCACCACUCGAGUCGCAGCCGCCGCUGCCGCCCCAGGUGGGUGCGGACAACACGGCGCAGCUGUUCGCAGCAGGCGCGGCUGCGGCGGCGGAGCACACGGUGAGUGGACUCAACGGCUCUGCGCCGCCGGCAAGCGGCCGCGCCACCCUGAGCCAGAGCCACAGCCUGGACGGUCGGUCUGCGCUUCCGCCCGUGUCGCCGCAAGUCAACGCGCGAUCUCGACCGCAGCUCACGGCGGGCGAGCGCCCCGUGCCGGUGCUUGGGUCCGCCGCGCACGGCGCGCAGUCGAGCCUGCGCUCCCGGCGGGGCCUGCCCGAUCUCUCCAGCUCGCUGGCCAACGCGCGCCCUUCCCCCGUCUCCCGCCUCGCCGCUGCCACCGGCGGCAAUCCCCCCUCCAACUCGGGCAAGCGCGAGGCGGAGGCCGGCAUGUCGGGCGGCGCAGCGCGGUGGCCGCUGUCCCCCGCGCUCAAGAGUCCGCGAUCCGACGGAUACCGCAGCCCCGGCGGCAGCCGCGUUCUGUCCGCCAUAGCCGCCAGCCCCACGGGGCUCGCGAGCGACAUGGCGCAGCUGCGCGUGCGCUCGCUGCCCACCACUCCGCUUGGCGGGGCUGCGCCCUUGCCGCUGGGGUCGGCGCGCGGCGGAGUGGGAGGGGGGGUGCGAUCUGCGGAGUCGGGAGGCAGAGGGUCGCACUCGAGAGGGUCGAGCGGCGAGCAGGGCUACGAGGUGGCGUCGGCGGGCGGGCAGGACGGCGCAGCGCGGGACGGCCAGGAGGGCGGCAUGGAAUUGGGCGCAGCGCAGAUGGAGGAGGGCGGCGGGGCGGCAACAGGGAUGGGCGAUGGCGUGGAGGGCGGUGGAGGGGGAGACGAGCUGUACAGCGGCGAUGGGUUUGGGCUGGACGAGGGGGGGGAGGAGGAGGCGGAGGGGGAGGGCGGUAAGGGGGCGGGCGGAGGCAAGGGGCGGGGCAGACACUCAACGAAGCCGCGCAGCGUGGCGGAGCGCAUGCGGCGCGAGCGCAUCUCAGCGCGGCUGAAGCGGCUGAAGGACGUGAUGCCGCGCACGGACGCGCGCACAGACACGUCCGCCAUGCUGGACGACGCCGUGGUGUACAUCCGCUCGCUGCAGAUGCGCUGUGCCGCCCUCGAAACCCAAAACGCCGUGCUCGCUAAACAGCUCGCCGAUGCCGCUCGCACCCGCGAGCACGUCCCACAAUAG